AUGACUGGGCCGUCGAUUCAAGAUCGCACGAGCGAGUUCAGCGCCAUCCUGGGUCAAGCCCAAAGACGCCUGGGUACCUCGAAGGUCGGGUCGCAGCGCCAGGCCCUGCUGACAGAUGCCCAGCGACGACAGGCGAAUGGUUCGCCAACUGCUGCUCAGAAUGGCCAUUCAGGAAGGUCAGAGUUUGCGCGCAGGGCGCGAGACAUUGGAAAGGGAAUCACUGGAACGACCGCGAAGCUCCAGCGACUGGCAGAAUUGGCCAAGCGAAAGACCCUAUUUGAUGACCGACCUGUCGAGAUUUCGGAAUUGACCUACGUGAUCAAACAAGAUCUGGCUGCAUUGAACCAACAAAUCGCGUCCUUGUCUGCCUUGACCCAAUCGCAACACCCAAAGGCAACUCGUUCAAAGACCGACCAGGAGGGAGAACACAAUGAUAAUGUUGUCGUGAUGCUGCAAGGAAAACUGGCCGACGUAGGCGCCAACUUUAAGGAAGUGCUGGAAGUCCGGACGAAGAACAUCCAGGCCUCUCGCACACGAACCGAAAACUUCGUCUCCUCCGUAUCUUCCAAAUCGCAAACCGCACUCGACUCGCAACGGUCCGACUCACCUCUCUACAACCCAUCCGGAAGACGCACACCACAACAGGGAUACCAAGGAAACUCAUCCGACCUCUUGACCCUCGAUCCAUCCAACCCUUCCCCACUCGGCCGUCCCUCCAUGCAAUCCGACCAACAGCUCCUGGUGAUGGAGGAAGCCCAGUCCAGCAAUUCUUACAUCCAAGCUCGUGGCGAGGCCAUUGAUGCUAUCGAGCGCACCAUCAGUGAACUCGGUGGUAUCUUCGGCCAGCUCGCGCAAAUGGUUAGCGAGCAGUCUGAAAUGAUCCAACGCAUUGAUGCCAACACGGAAGAUGUGGUGGAUAAUGUGCAAGGAGCCCAACGCGAACUGAUGAAGUACUGGACCCGCGUUUCCGGCAACCGGUGGCUCAUCGCCAAAAUGUUUGGUGUCUUGAUGAUUUUCUUCCUUCUUUGGGUCUUGAUUUCGUGA